AAGUUACUUGUCCUCUGUGCUCUGUCCUGUGCUACUAGGAGCAGUGGGAUUUGAGUCCAAGGUCUGGAGCUAGAAGUCCAAGGUCAAGGUGUUGGCAGAUGACUGUACAGCAUGGAAAAUGCAGCCAGUGAUGGAAAGGGCAAGAGGAGAUUUUAAGGUUUUCCUCGUGGCUGACUCCUGGUUUCGUAGAGUUGUGGUCAGAGAGAGGCAUGCUAUGACUUUAUUAAGUAGCUGAGGACGGGCUCAGAGGUGUAGGUGACUGGACCAACCUCACACGACUUGUACAAGAGGAGCUUCCUGCCAGGACACAGGCCUUCUCUAGAAGUAGAAGGAGGACAAAAUGACCAAGUUCAAGGAGGCAGUGACGUUCAAGGACGUGGCCGUGGUCUUCAGUGAGGAGGAGCUGGGGCUGCUGGACCCCGCCCAGAGGAAGCUGUACGGAGAUGUGAUGCUGGAGAACUUCCGGAACCUGCUCUCUGUGGGGCACGGGCCUUUCACGCCAGACGUGAUGCCCCAGUUCGAGAGGGGAGUUGCGCUGUGGAUGAUAAAGGCAGCAGCCCCGAGUCAGGGCUCCUCAGGAGACAAGAAUCUAAAUCACACGGAGACCCUUCAGGAAAUUGGAUUAAAGUACCUGCCACAGGACGAGCUUUUCUGCUCGCCAAUCUGGCGGCAGGUUACGAAGGAGUUAACCCAGUGCCCAGAUGCCACGAUUCCCCACAGAGACCACACGAGAGGAAACCCCUGCCAGGCGGAGGAGCGGGAGAGAGGUUUCGUUGAGCACCCUCGUCUUCAGACCCACCAGCCGGCCCGUGUGGGAGAGAAGCCCUAUAAAUGUGAGCAGUGUGAAAACGCCUUCCGCCGACUUUCAAGCCUUCAGGCCCAUCAGAGCGUCCACAGCAGGGAGAAGUCGCACAAAGACGACACGUCGUGUAAGGGUCUCCGACAGCGGUCCCAGCGCUGCCGUCUGCCGAGGGCCCCCCGUGGCGAGCAUCCACACAGACACGGGGAGUGCGGGAGGAGCGUCCGGAGAGGCGCACAUGGUCCGGCUCCUCGGACCGGCCACGCGCCAGAGAAGCCGUCCAGGCGCGAGGAGUGCGGGCUGCGCUUCAGCCAGGGCUCGCAUCUUCAGGUCCCCCGGAGAGCCCACGGGGGAGAGAAACCCUACAGGUGCGAGCAGUGCGGGAAGGGCUUCAGCUGGCGUUCCCGACUCCAGGCCCACCAGCGAAUCCACACGGGGGAGAAACCGUACAGGUGCGAGGCCUGUGGCAAGGGCUUUAGUUACAGCUCCCACCUCAACAUCCACUGUCGAAUCCACACCGGGGAGAAGCCCUAUACGUGUGAGGAGUGCGGGAAGGGCUUCAGCGUGGGCUCGCACCUCCAGGCCCACCGGGCGAGCCACACCGGGGAGAAGCCGUACAGGUGCGACGAGUGUGGGAAGGGCUUCUGUCGGGCCUCAAAUCUCCUGGACCAUCAGAGAGGCCACACUGGUGAGAAGCCCUAUCAGUGUGAUGCCUGCGGAAAGGGCUUCAGUCGUAGCUCGGAUUUUAACAUUCAUUUUCGAGUCCACACGGGAGAGAAACCGUAUAAAUGUGAGGAGUGCGGGAAGGGCUUCAGCCAGGCCUCAAACCUUCUGGCCCAUCAAAGAGGCCACACGGGAGAAAAGCCCUACAAGUGUGGCACCUGCGGGAAGGGCUUCAGCCGGAGCUCCGAUCUGAACGUUCACUGUAGAAUCCACACCGGAGAGAAACCGUAUAAGUGUGAGAAGUGUGGCAAGGCCUUCAGUCAGUUCUCGAGUCUUCAGGUGCACCAGAGGGUCCACACCGGCGAGAAGCCGUACCAGUGCGCGGAGUGCGGGAAGGGCUUCAGCGUGGGCUCUCAGCUCCAGGCCCACCAGAGGUGCCACACCGGGGAGAAGCCGUACCAGUGCGCGGAGUGCGGGAAAGGAUUCUGCCGGGCCUCAAAUUUUCUGGCCCAUCGUGGGGUCCACACAGGCGAGAAACCCUACCGGUGUGAUGUGUGUGGCAAGCGCUUCCGACAGAGGUCCUAUCUUCAAGCCCACCAGAGGGUCCACACUGGAGAGAAGCCGUACAAAUGUGAGGAGUGCGGGAAGGUCUUCAGCUGGAGCUCAUACCUCCAAGCCCACCAGAGGGUCCACACUGGAGAGAAACCGUACAAAUGUGAGGAGUGUGGGAAGGGGUUCAGCUGGAGCUCAAGUCUUCUAAUUCAUCAGCGAGCGCACGCGGACCAUGAGGGUGGUAAAGGCUCUCCCGCCUCGGGGAACUCACGCAGCAAAGGAACUCCAUAAACGCCGUCUGUUUUGAUACCUCACGUUGGUGCUGAAAGAACCCAAUGAUCAGACCUGCCCUAGGAGACCACACGUUGGCUUAUGAGAGAGGCCGUAUUUCAGCCAGAGCUGCACGGGUCCCAGUGGGUGGGCGACCACGCAGCAGAGAAGCCUCACGAGAACGGAGACUUAAGGACUGCAUUCAGGACGUCGGCACGUCGCAGAUGCGACACGGAAGAGAGGCUUAGGAAGGAGGAGUCUGAUCCGGAGAUAGCAGUUCCAGACCCUCUUCCACCAGAAUAUAAGCUCCAGGAGUGGAAAGAUGCGUCGACUGCCAGAUCUAGGCAGCCUUCCAGUGCCUCACACACUGUAGGUAUUCAGUAAUGUUAAGUGAGUGAAGGGGGAGGAGUCACCUUUGAAAUUUUUUAUUCAGUUCUUUAAACAUUUCUUUCUUUUCUUAAAAAAUUUUUUAACGUUUUAUUUAUUUUUG